AUGCCAGAGACAUUCGCAGGUCCGCCGUCGCAGCAGGAACCGUUAUUAUCCAGUGAAUCGCCUCUUGAACAGCGUACAAUCCGACCCAUGAGCCCCGCGAAUGGCACGCGAUUAGGGGGUACCGCGAGACGGACCCUCGGCAUCUCGCUACUCCUAGUAGUGGUCGUGCUGUGGACGGCCUCGAACUUUUUAGCCAGUACCAUCUUCGCCGACAACACCUACUCCAAACCUUUCUUCCUCACCUACCUCAACACCUCCUGUUUCGUUCUCCCGCUCCUCGCGAUCCUCCUCGCACGAGUUUUCAAACUAUGGCGCCUGAAAAAACUAUCCCAGGUUACAUCCUUGAAGAGCCUACUACAGCAUCUCGACUUGGGCGACCCACUGCAGGCCGAAGAACAGGAACAGGCGAUACUGUACCAUCGCGCGGCUACCGCUGAUGGUGAGGAUGGUGUUGAGGAUGAUGUUCGGGCUACGGAUUUGGGGACACAGAGAGAAGUUGUGGUGAAACAAAAUGAGUCGGGGAAGUUGGGUUUGAAGGGGACGGCGAAACUUAGUUUGCAGUUUUGCAUUCUAUGGUUUCUUGCGAAUUACUUCGCGAUGGCAUGUCUGCAGCACACGACCGUCGGAAGUACCACGAUUCUCACAUCAACCAGUGGCGUCUGGACAAUGAUCUUUGGUGCCUUCCUCCGCGUCGAAAAAUUCACCCUCCGCAAAUUCCUCGGCGUAAUCGCCUCCCUCCUGGGCAUCAUUCUCAUCUCGCGCGUCGACCUAUCCACCCCCGACGCCCCUGCUCCCGACGAUGACGGAGACAACGGCUCGUUCCCGCACAAGAGCCCCGCGGAGAUCGCGCUAGGCGACGCCAUGGCAGCAUUCAGCGCGAUCAUGUACGGCGUGUAUACGAUUGUGAUGAAGAGGCAAUGCGGCGACGAGUCGCGGGUGAACAUGCCGUUGUUCUUUGGACUGGUGGGAUUCUUCAACAUGGUUCUUAUCUGGCCGGGAUUUAUCAUUAUGCAUUUUUCCGGUCUAGAGAAUUUUGAACUCCCGCCGACGGAUCGCGUGUGGACUAUCUUACUGGUCAACUCCGCCUCGUCUCUACUCUCCGACAUCGUCUGGGCUUACGCAAUGCUCCUCACAACACCGCUCGUCGUAACCGUCGGUCUAAGUCUAACGAUUCCGCUCUCGCUUGUGGGCCAAAUCGUCCUGCAAAACCAGUACGCAAGUCCGUUGUACUGGGUCGGUGCUAUUAUUGUUUUCUUGUCGUUUUUGUUUGUCAAUCAUGAGAGUCGGCCCGUUGAAGAGGAGGCAUCUGCAUCGGGGGGUGAGACUGGGGAGUAUAGGACUGUUCCGGGGGAGUAG